AUCCAUCACAAAGCAAUGUCCAAAACUGUCAAUCAAAGUAACAUUGUACAACAACAUUUACCACAAAAUGUAAACAUUAACAUUCAACUAUAAAACGGGAAAAUGCGGCUGAAAAUCUCCAAUGAUCCCCGGCUACAUUAUAUUUCUGAUAUUCUUCGUGGUUUUAUACGCUGCUACAAAUGAGAACCGUCAGGUGACGGCGACGGCAUCAGCUCUGCGAGAGAUCUGGUCGGGCGGGUGUCGGCUGUCGUGCCGCCGCAGCGAGUGCAGUGGGCUGAGCGGGCUCGUCGGCACCGCGGCGCCCGGCACCAGCGGCGCUGCCACCACCCACGACUGCAUCUGCGAGUUCUGCCCGUGUGCGCUCAUUGACAGCGUCCUCAGAAACUGUGUGCCGGCGACCGCGGCGUACAACACCACCGUCGAGACUCUGUCCGAGUUCUACUACAGCAUAUUAAAAACGUUCGCGGAGAUGUACAUGCUGGUGCAGAGCGCGCUGGAGUGCGGCGUGUCGUGCCAGCGACCGGCGCAGUUGCUCAAUUUAAGCCGUCUUGAUUCAAAUGAAAACUUUAACUUCGAUGGAACGGUUCUAAAGGAGAAGGUGGUAGAGAAGGAGAUUGAAAACUUGAAAGGGAAGGAUAAAACCAUCGACAAAAUAAGAAAGAAAUUAUCUGCCCUCAGCAAAACAGAUUUAAAUUUGUCCAAACUUGGUAUUGACAAAAUUAAAUCUUCUUUAUCAGUUAAAAGCGCAAAGGAAAGCAAAACUGAUGUUGGUAAAGAAGAAAAAGAAAUAAAAUUUGCAAAACAGAAAAGUGGGAAUGUUAGUGCGCAUUCGUCGAAGGACUCGACCCUAGGCGCGCCGUCGCCAUCCACCAGCAGCGGGCACUGUCCGCGCUGCGUCGAAAAAGGAAGAGUCUGUAUCGGUACAUGUCCCAAGGCUAAUGUCGAGAGCAAAAAAUAAACUUGGUUAGCUCAUAAAAUAA